AUGACAAUGACAUAUCGGAAGUUCAUUGACAUGAAAGCAUCGUGCUUUAUACCAGGAAAGGUGUUAGAUGAGUUUUUCCGUAUUAUUGAUAUACUGAAGAAGUCACAUGAUCGAGGUGGAACCCUUACCAUAGACAUCCACGAACUUCUUAAAGACUUGAGAGAUUUAUCAAGGUAAGU